AUGAUAUCAUCACAAAUACAAGAUGGAGAAACAGUUGGGAAAUAUUCUUGUCCAACAGCUAGCAAACGAUACCCGAGUGACGCUGCCAUAAUGAGCGUAUCAGAAACUGAAGAGAAGAAUGCUGUGGUAGUGGAGUUUUCCAGGGAUGUGGAGAGAGAAGUAGUGGUUGGGAUUUAUGCGAACGUAAUAAUUUGGCCCAUCGCAACUGCACUAUUCUGUUAUUUGGCAUAUACAUUGAACACUACUGGACUUCCUUAUGUGUUCAUUGAUGAGAAGUUCCAUGUUGACCAAACGUUAAGAUAUCUUAGAGGAAAAUGGUACUCUUGGAAUGGGAAAAUCACUACUCCUCCAGGCCUAUAUUUGUUGGGAUGGCUGCAAUAUCAUGCGACCAGAUUUAUAACUAAUUGGUCUACAUUAACUGUGCUACGCUUGACGAAUCUUAUUGGGGGUGUAAUUGUAUGGCCUUGGGUGGUAUUACGCCCGCUAUAUUUAUUCAAUGCAUUGGGGUUCUGGCCUGUAACAUUAAUGUGUUUCCCUUUGAUGGCUAGUUAUUACUUUUUGUAUUAUACGGAUAUAUGGUCUACCAUUUUCAUCGUCGAGUCAUUGAACUUGGCAUUGGUGUUACCGUUCGGAGAAACAGCUAGCAUUUGGAUGAGCGCCCUGUGUGGAUUGAUCAGUUGCCUCUUUAGACAGACUAAUAUUGUAUGGAACGUUUUAAUUAUGAUUCUUGUUGUGGAACGUCGUGCUAUGAUUGAGAAAAACUUCAAUACGUUGAAUUUCAACAAUUAUUUGAAGCUUGUGCUUCAUACACUGGAAAACUUCAAAUCUUUGGUACUUCCCUAUGCCAUCAACUUUGGUUUAUUCCUUGCAUUUUUAUUAUACAAUCGAUCAAUUACAUUAGGCGAUAAAAGUAACCAUGUUGCAGGAUUGCACAUCGUACAAUUUUUCUAUUGCUUGAUGUUUAUUGCUUUCUUUAGCGUACCGGUAUGGUUUUCAAAGCAAGUCACUCUAUCGUACUUGAUCAGGUUUGUCAUGAACCCUGUAAAGUAUCUAUUGGAGUUAUUGGGGAUUAUGUUGAUAAUACGGUACUUCACAGUGGUACAUCCAUUCCUUCUAGCUGAUAAUCGUCAUAUCACCUUUUACCUAUUCAAAAAACUGAUCGGAAGAAGUAGUUUGUUCAAGUAUUGUGUGAUGGCUCCAAUUUAUCAUUUCUCCGCGUAUGUCUACCUUGAAGUAAUGAGACCUAGCACGAUGAUAUUCCACCCUAUAUUGCCUAUUGAAAUUAAAAACCCAAUCGAUUUACCAAUUCAAUUGACACAUAUUUCGUGGACUGCCUUGAUUAUGUGCACAUUUAUGACGGUGGUUCCUUCUCCCUUGUUUGAACCUCGAUACUACAUCUUGCCAUUUAUAUUUUGGAGGCUUUUCAUCACAAUGGCACCUGAACCAUUCUGGGGUAAUCCAAUAGGUAAGGUGACUGGAACGAAAAGACACUUGUCUGAAUGUGCAUGGUUUAUGAUAAUUAAUUUGAUCACGUAUAUUAUUUUCAAGAGAUUUGAUAUAAAAUGGGAAUCUGAAACUACUGUACAGCAUAUCAUUUGGUAA